AUGGGCUGUAGCUCAAUGAAAGCUUCAAGGAAAGGAUCACUUUCUAUUCCAAAAAAUGGCAUACUAAAAAAGCCUAGUCCAAAUUAAUCAUGCCAAUUGGAUAUAAUUGUUAUUAAAAAAAAGACUUUGAGUUUUUAGAUUUCAUCAACAAAUUCUUAUGAUUUAUCAAGAAAAACCCUACAUACGAGACAAGUAAUCUCAGAAUGA